CAUCCGCGGAACGUUACUCGUUGGACGUAGACUGUGGUACUGUUGUGUCGACGUGCGUCUCCGUCAGUUUUAAUACACAUAUACAUAUUUAUAUAUAUAAUAAUACAUCUUGUCUAUCUGGAUGUAAUUUCCACCGGUAAAACUGGUGAUGAUGCGCACUGUCAAUGUGACAGCGGUUUUAUUUUCGUGAUUUGUUAUUUGUUUAUUAAAUAAUUAAUAAUAAUAAUAUUAAUUGUAACAACUGUAAUAAUAAAAAAAAAAGUGUAGUGGUAUUUGGAAAAUUCCAUUACCGCGUCGUUAAUUUGAAGGCGAUCGUAGCAGAGGGUGAAGGGAUGGCGUACACUCGUGUUAUAAAAAAUAAUAUUUUACAUAAAAGCAGGUGAUAGUUGGCACUGAAAUAUAUUUUAUUGGGUAUGGUGUUUACUGGCAAUAACUGCUGUCUUGUUGCUCUUGAGAGGAGAUCCGAGAGCCGUUACGGCGACGGGAUUCUGACUCGUCGAUAUGAGACGUAUUAGUGUUGGCGGUAUGAGCCGGCCGUCGAAAGCCGUGACCCAGGUAAAGAAGGUGGCACCACCGGCCGUGCCCGAUGUCUUCCGACACUCUGGUUCGUCCUUUGGUUCGGCAGGAUACGCCAGCAGCGAGGACGGUGGCUUCCUGUCGAGUGGCGGGGGCGCUCCCGGUGACGACGGGUCCUAUGGAAUGCCAGCAGGAAAGAGUCCGGGUCCCAUUUACACGCAUCCUGGAUUCGCAUUCCCACCAGUCGUUGGCAAAUAUGCCCACGCUGAGGAUCAAGGUAUCGACAUGACACAGAGCCCAGGACGUGACAGCCCAGGUAGUUCAGGCUCGGGAUCCGGGUCGAGACACUCGACCGCGUCAUUGGACUCCGGACGAGCCUCGGGCUACCACUUGGGUCCACGAGGACCCGGUGGUGCCCUCACCUCAUCUCCGAGGUGUUCCAUUAGCUCGCUGGGUAGCCAUCCAGACCGGCCUUCGGAUCUUGAUGUGCACGCCUGGCUCACCGAGUUACAAUUUGAAGAGUACUUUCAGUUAUUUUCUUCAGCUGGCUAUGAUCUUGCGACCAUAACGCGCAUGACCCCCGAGGACCUUACAGCCAUAGGUAUCAAGAAGCCAAAUCAUAGAAAGCGACUCAAGGCGGAGAUCGACAAUCUAAACGUGGGCGAUGGGCUACCAGAACAUAUACCUGGAUCAUUAGAGGAAUGGUUGCGAUUGCUAAGACUCGAGGAGUACUUGGGUGCGCUCCAUCAGCAGGGCAUGAGAUCCGUCGAGGACGUCACGACACUGACUUGGGAGGAUCUUGAGGAUAUUGGUAUUGUCAGAUUGGGACACCAGAAGAAACUUUUAUUAGCAAUUAAGCGAGUUAAGGAUAUACGUGCGGGUAAAAGAAUUCAGCCGUUGGAUUUAUCGAGACUUCCACCCCAUCCUGGACACACCCAGGAUGUCGUUAUUCAGCGAGGAGGAUCGGAUCUUCCGUCGCCGGAUGAAGAUUGCUCGUCUCCAGUAUUGAGGUCUUUUCAGAGGAACGAAUCCUCACCAUGGAGGAGCAUGUACGCAGCAUUGCCUGCUGGCGUUGAUUACGCCACAGUAGGCCGGGGACCACGUGGUAAAUCACUUGAGAGUCUUGAAGAUGCACCACUUACUUAUCCGCCCUCACCAGCACCCUCUUCGCACAUGGACUCUAUCGGCUGGCGUCCUAGAUGCUUCGAAGACGGUGAUGUUACACCAACUAAUGAGGUCUCCUCGAUGAUUGAAGCCGGUGGCAAUACACUUCCGCGACCCAGACACUGUCUAGUGCGACCGAGACCCGUUGCCAAGCUGUUGGAUCAGGUCACCGCAACACCCGGACAGUUUAAAUCACUGCCACGAGACUUUGACAAUAAAUAUCAGCUGACAUACGGACUAGAGAGUAGUCCACAUCUGUCUAAACGUCGUCCGCCUUCACCACCGCGACGUCAAAGCUCCCGAGAUCUGGGAAACAACGGCGGUAACGGUGAUGUGGUGAUUGAUUGUAGUGGACCAGUUCCCACUACUUGUGAGGAACAUCAUCUUCAUCAUCAUCAUCACCAUCAUCAACAACCACCACCACCAGCUCCAAGUGGUGCGCCUUCUACACCUCAAAUGCAUCGGCCAUCAUCAUCAAUGUCCCGUUCCUGGGGUAGUGUAAGUACUAAUGUCAAUGAAGAACAUGAACUCAUCGCAUCACUCGCUCUUCAGCAUCGCAAUGGAUCUGACGCUAGUUUCAAGUCAAGUUCGAGUACUGAAUCUGAUUCGCUGCCUUUUGCAAAUGAAAAUGCGGGUACAAUAAAACAGCGAGUAGCGAGAGUUCAAGAGUACGGUAAUAAUUCACCAAAUCUCAGUGGUCAUAUGAUGGGACAUCAUCAGCAGCAUCAUUCUCACCACCAUCAUCCACAGCAUCACCACCAUGUUGUUGGAAAUGAAUCCGGGAGAGAUGAGCCCGCAGACGUAUUAAAUGACAUCGGUAAUAUGCUUGCCAAUUUGACAGACGAGCUUGACGCAAUGCUCGAGGAGGAAAAGCGACAGGGCCUCAAUUCAUAAUCACAAUUAAUGCUGAUUAUGUUAUUACUGUGUAAACGUUAAAUUAAUAAUAACAAUUAUAAUGAUAACAAUAAUGAUAACGAUUACAAUAAUAAUGUACUUUGUUUGUACUUUGUACUUGUAUUGCGCUGCCAUAGAUCGGCAACAACGAUAUGAAUUCGUUUGCCGUAGAUGGAGAUCCCGAGUCACUUACUUAUUGCGAAGUAGAUCGAGGAUAGCCAGAAGAUAAAAUAACAUUAACAAGUCGAUUAACCAACGUCACUUUUAGUUAUUUUUUAUUUAUCCACGCACUGAAUUUGUGGUUCUAAGUUCUGAGUGGAUCUUCCGGCUGGAUCUUCGUUCUAAGCUUAUAUUUUAUUUUUAAUAUUAAAAAAGAAAAAGUAAAAAAAAAUGAUUAAAUUUAAUAUGAUUUUAAAAUGAAAAUGAAAAUAAAAAAAAUAAUUCUAAGCAUCAUAAACCAGAUUACGCUCUAGUGUGAACCGUAGUCACUGCGCAAUUGCCAGAGAAUAGCGUGUCAGUGUUUCUAGAGCUCAUCUUUCUUUCAUGAUACCCAUAAAAGUUUAUGUGUUUAUACUAAACCGAGAGUGUCGCGCACGUGCGGGUUAAUUCAACUUCUCUACAGUAUACUUUUUUUAUAGUAUAGACAGUACAGUACACUAAAUUACUACCAAUAUACUACGAAAGCGAGCUCACUUUUUUUUUUAAAUCCUCGGUUUAUGCACACCACGGUACCAACUUGCUAUUAUCAUUCAAACUCUUCCAAAUAAUUGUACACAUUCCAUUUAGAAUCUUUUUUAUUAUUUCUAUAACCAUUAUUAUUACUAUUAUUAUUAUUACUAAUAUUAUUAUUAUUAUGUUGUUUUUAUUUUCAAUCUCAACCUUAAAGGUUCUACCGAGAUUUUUUACGCAUAAAAAAAAGUAGUUCAAUAAUAAAAGUCGUUACGACCGGUAGUAAAAAGUUAGUUUUUUUAUAAUGAAAUAAAAAAAUAUAAUAAAUAUGUGAAUGGAAAAUAAAAAUAAACAAAAAUAUCUUCCUACUGUUUGAAUGGAUAAACAAUAAAAUAAAAUAAUAAUUAAAAGUACAUAAUACAGGAAGACUGACUAUUGAGAAAUUCCAGAAUAACAAAAAAUAAAUGAAUAAAAAAAAAAUAUCGAUUGCUAAUCGAUGUUUUGUUUCUCCAAUGCCUUGUUUCAUUGCUACAAACAACACAUGUUAUGCUAAUAAUUGUGUGACGUAAUGAUCGGUAUAUAAAAACAUACCGAGCUAUUGACUAUUAUAUACAACUAUAAACUUUUUUAUAAGUUUUACACUAUUUAAAUAAAAAUUGAAACAUAAUACUGCGAUUUACUAUUUAUACAGGUGCUCUGUUGCACUACACACUCGAUUGUGACGUAAGUGCGUUUAAUAAAUGUUUAUGUAAAGCGUUUGUAACUACUUAAUAAUUGAAUGUACUUUUAACGAAAACAAAGCAAAACAAACAAAAUAUGAUACACAUUGUUGUUAUCACACUUGCGAACUGUCAAAAGUAAUAAAAAUAUAAAUGCUUCAGUUGAAACUCCGAAAUAGGAGACACUGUCGAAAGUUGGUGCUAAAUUUUGUGAAGGUCUGUGAUGUCACUCACAAAUACUCCGCAGGAUAAAAAAGUCAUUAUACCAGGGAUUGAUAAGAAAAAAAAUAAAAACAUCCCCAAAAAUAGAUUUUUCGCAAAUAUUUCAAAAACUAAAAAAAUUCAAGUCUAAAACGUGCUUUUUUUUAUUGACACAAAAAAUAGUAUAUUACACACCAAUGGAGAAAAUUUCUACCUUCUUCCGUGGUGUAUAUAAAAUUUCACACCAAAUCUGCGCCUGGAUAUUUAAAUUUUUGUCUGUUCCUGGAAAAAAUUGCGCAUGCGCUAAUUUCUCAUAAAUUUAAAGAAAAAAACGACUUUGCUCCCUCUAAACAGAGCAAGAAUGUAAACUUAGAACGCAAGUAUGGUGAAAAUAGUAUAUUACACACCUAGAGAAAAAAGGAGAACAUUCUAACUCGGGUGUAUAAUUGUCUACCUGAGCUGAAGACGAUGAUGACAAAUACGUGGAUUUGGACGUCUUUCCUCUCUCCGUGGUGUGUAUGCAAUUUUUCACCAGAUCUGUGCCUGAAAGUUUAAAUUUUUGUCUCAAUUUCCGAGGAAAAUGACGCAUGCGCUAAUUUAUUAUCUAUUUUCUCACAAAUACAAAGAAAAGAACAACUUUUUUCCCUCUAAACAGGGCAGGAAUUUAAACUUUUAGCACGUUUCGUGAAUAAUUUCUUAUAAUUUUUUAUGUGAAUUUUUUUUCUCUACAAAUUUUGUUUGAAAGUUUUACACCUUUUUUAACUUCCCGCUAUGAAAAUUGAAAAUUUUCAAAAAUGGAAGUUAUUGGUUUCGGUCUGAUUUUUUGUUGAUAAAAUAUUUGCGACAAAUCUGUUUUUGGGGAUGUCUUUUUUUUUCUCAUCAACUUCUGGGGAUGAUUCUUUUAUUCUUGGGGUGUUUGUGGCUGACACCACAGCCCUCUAACAAAAUUUGCAUCAACCGAAAAUGUCUCCUCUUUUGGAGUAUCGACUGGAGCAAAAACAUUUAACUCAUACAAAUAAAUGUAGAUCCAGUGGAUCGAAGAAUGUGCCCGGCCAUGUGACACUUUAAAUAUACUACUUAAGAUUUACGUUAGAGAGUAAUCUAUUAAAUAAAAUAAAAUUAAAAAAAAUUAUAAUUAUAAUAAAAUGAAUAUGAUUAAACGCCGAUCCGACAAUGUCGGAUCGUGUACUUGUCUUGUUAACUACUGUAGAAAUAUAGUUAAAAUAUAUAAAUAUAUAUAUAGAUACCAUGAAAGAGCAGCGGAUUUAGGGACUUGUCGGAAGUUUUAAUAAAUAAAUUGUCAAAAAGAUAAAUUUAUUAAUAUAUUUAUCGAGUAGAUUUUAUUUUUUAUCUUCGUCCUAGACUUUUACAUUUUCCAUUAACCCAACUCUCGUCUCUCGAUCACUUUAUAUUUAUAUCUAUACUAUAAGUACAUGUUUCCGUUUGUUAUAACGAAAAAAACUAAACAAAUGUACACGGCAGCUGCCGAUAAUGCCCCGAAAAUCAGUGCUUUACACAUGGUGUAUAAAUAUUAUAUAUAAUUAUACUAGUUAUAGUUUUUUGUACAAAGGUACGUGUGUGUUACUGGUGGAUAUUUAAAAUUAAAAUAACCCAGUCCACACUUAGACUUUACUGUACGCCCUUCCAUGUUGUUUUUAAUAUACAUUUAAAUAUAUUAUUUAGUUCAAUAAUUAUAAAAAUUAUUCAUCAUUUAAAUAAAGCCGAUUUAAAAUCA